AUGGGCUUCCUAAAAACGGCAUUGCUUCUAGCGGGAGCUUCUCUUGGGGCUUUUGCCUCGCAGAUACCACUCGAGGACACAGACUCGCCUCAAGCGUCCACGUUCCAAGUUCACCAAAGCUCGCUAUUUCCAGAGCAUACUAUCCGCAUCAGGGAGCAGGUUGACGACUCCAUAUGCGAUGCCCGCGUGAAGCAGUACACCGGCUGGCUUGAUGUGGGCAACCAGCAUCUUUUCUUCUGGUACUUCGAGAGCAAGAAUGCACCGAAAACAGAUCCUCUUGUGCUCUGGCUAACUGGAGGCCCCGGCGGUUCCUCAAUGCUGGGUUUACUUCAAGAGCUUGGACCGUGUCUGAUCAACGAGCAUGGUAAUGGGACGGUUCAUAAUCCUUAUGGAUGGAAUGAGAAUGCGAACUAUAUCUUUGUCGACCAGCCUGCCAGUGUUGGCUUCUCGUAUUUGGAUGACGGAGAGCCGAUUCCGUCAAACUCGUUCGUCGCUGCUGAGAGUAUGCAUAAGUUCUUACAGCUCUUUGUGAGCCAAGUAUUCCCGGACCUCGCUGACAAGCCCUUCCAUAUUUCGGGAGAGAGUUACGGAGGCCAUUAUAUCCCUGUCCUGGGAGCGACUAUCAUUGCACAGAACAGUCUCUAUCCUAAGCGACCCCAAGUCAACCUAGAGUCAGUUCUCAUUGGUAACGGUUACGUCUCCCCUCUGGACACACACUUCGGAUACUGGGAGACACUCUGCACCACGAACCCGGGAGUUGACAAGCCUGUGUUCAACAGCACACGCUGUGAUAUUAUGGCUGCAAACCUCCCACGAUGUCUUGACCUCGCACGGGUUUGUUAUGAGCAUCCCGACCAUGCUAUCUGCGGCGCUGCUGGUCAAGUUUGCUGGGAUGGAGUCAUCAGUUGGUACGAUGGAGAAUCUGGUGCAGGCGGCAACAGGAACAGAUUCGACAUCACCAGACCCUGCGAAUCUGGAGAUGACCUGUGCUAUAAGCAAGCAGGAUUGAUUGAGAAGUACCUCAACACACCCAAGGUCUUCGAUGCCUUGGGCGUUCCUAGCGCAGUGACGAACUACUCCAUUUACGCUAUGGAUGUAGAAGUCGCAUUUAGUCUGGGGUAUGACCAAGAGAUCAGCACCCAGUCACAGAUACUAUAUCUCCUCGAUCACGGCGUCGAUGUGCUCAUGUAUCAAGGAAAUUUCGACCUCGCAUGCAACACCGCUGGCAACUUGAGAUGGAGCAACAGUAUGCCUUGGAAAGGACAGCCGGAAUAUGUUGCGCAACGGCAGAGGUCCUGGGGCGCAGGAGGCGAUGAGUUUGGAUGGUAUAAGGAGGUCAAGAUCAAGAUGGGCGACACCGAUAAGAAAACUACAUUCGCUUUUGUUACCGUUGAUGGAGCUGGCCAUAUGGUUCCUCAGGACAAGCCGAAAGAGGGUCUGGAAUUAGUGAACAGGUGGUUGAAGAAGCGAACGUUCAACAAAUGA